CAGCGUCCCUACUAGAUCAAAUCCGGAUUUUUGUUCAGAACGGGAUGUUUGUUCAGAACGGGACGUUUGUUCAGAACGGGACGUUUCUUCACUCAUCUUCGCAGACGGACAGCCAAAAGACCACGCCAUGCCCCUCUUCAGACGAUUAUUUAUACACAUGCCCACCCGGGUUCUCAUAUCCGGACGCCUGCCACGACGCUGAAGCAAUACCCGAAGGCGCACAAUGCAACAAGAAGGGCGAUUUCCUCUCGGGCGAUGGAUGGGGAAUUAUCUAUAACGGCAUGCCGCAGGAAAACAUCCAAGAUUGCGCCUUCAUCUGUCAUGGCUGGUUGAGGUGCAACUCAUACGGAUGGAACUCUUCGGAUCCCGAUACGCCAUGUCGCUUCUAUGAGAAAGGUCUAGCUGAAGGUGGCUUUCUUGAGGAACCGGUAUCUCCGACUUCUUGGUACGAUGUUGGCUGUGCAAACUGUACUAGGUGUGGAAUGGAAACGCCGUCCAUUGUACCGGGGCUUCCACCCUCCGGAUCACAAUGUACCCUCAGCAAAAACAUCGAUCCUCAAUACCAUUGUAACCAAGCUGGUACUGUCAAUGCCGGAGCUCGGUUCUACGACGUCAAGAUUUACCCACACACUGUGGAUGCUGAGAACUGCGCAACCAUUUGCUCCAACCGAAGAGGCUGCCGUGCAUCGGGCUACGAUUUCAGUCACGACCGGUACCAAUGUCUGUUUAGUGGCUACUCUUUGAAAGAUGCCAACUUCCAGAAGUCAUCGGGGGGGGCAGAUAUGGAGUGUUAAGGCAUGCUGGGAAUGCACAACAUCUGACGUAGACAAGGCUUGACAUACGCCGAGAUUCAUAUUCACAGAUUAUACCAGAGUCCUGAUAUGAGCUCUUCGAAAGUGCUUCCCACGUUAAUAAAUG